UUGUGAAAAUAUCAGUGAAGCCCUCAGUUUACACACUAUAAAAGACCCUUCAUUUUUCAUUGCUAAUCAUCAGAACAAACCGAAUAUUUUGUUGUUGAUCUCCUUGGUCAAAAUGACUGUUUGCAUCGAGCAGUCUGUACACGAAUCCGAGGUGGUAGUGGAGACCAAGAACCAUUGUGAUACCAAUGAGCUGGUAUUGAUUGGAGAUGUGGUGGUGCCUGAUCAAACUGUUGUUGGUGGCGAUUUUGAUCAACCGGAAGUCAACGCAUUCGGUCAAUCAUUCAGGGACUAUGAUGUGGAGAAUGAACGACAGAAGCAGGUGGAGGAGUUUUAUAGGAUGAACCACAUUUACCAAACAUAUGAUUAUGUGAAGAAGAUGAGAGAAGAGUAUAAGAAACUGGAUAAGUUGGAGAUGAGCAUCUGGGAAUGUUGUGAGCUGUUAAAUGAAGUUGUAGAUGAAAGUGAUCCUGAUUUGGAUGAACCGCAAAUCGAGCAUUUGUUGCAGACAGCUGAAGCUAUUAGGAAAGAUUAUCCAGAUGAAGAUUGGCUCCAUUUGACUGCCCUUAUCCAUGACCUUGGAAAAGUUCUGCUUCUUCCAAGAUUUGGGGAGCUUCCACAAUGGGCAGUUGUGGGUGACACACACCCUCUUGGUUGUGCUUUUGAUGACUCAAUUGUUCACCAUAAGUAUUUCAAAGAAAAUCCAGAUAUGAACAAUCCUGCUUAUCAAACCAAGAAUGGAAUUUAUACAGAAGGAUGUGGACUAGAAAAUGUGAUGAUUUCUUGGGGACAUGAUGACUACAUGUAUUUGGUGGCCAAGGAAAAUGGAAGUACUCUACCCGAAGCCGGAUUGUUCAUCAUUCGUUACCAUUCUUUCUAUCCAUUGCACCGGUCUGGAGCGUAUAAGCAUUUGAUGAAUGAGGAGGAUGUUAAGAACUUGAAGUGGCUUCAAAUCUUCAAUAAGUAUGAUCUUUACAGUAAAAGCAAAAGCCGUGUUGAUGUUGAGAAAGUGAAGCCAUACUAUCUAUCCCUCAUUAAUAAGUAUUUUCCAGAAAAACUCAGAUGGUGAAGGCUGGUGUCCAUGUGUAGUGAAGUAAUAAAUAUUAUAUAUAUUAUUAUUAAAGUUGAGAUGUAUUGAUUUAUUUAUAGAGUUGGUAAGUUUUGUCUCAUUGUAUUGUAUUAAUAAUGAUUCUGUAAACCUUAUUUUCUGUGUGUAAUAGCUAUAAAAUUCGUUGUUCAAACUUCAAAAUGUCCAUUUUCCCAA